UUAGUAAAAGUUUUAUGAAGUGAAAUUAAAUCCACCAAAUCUUUCCAAUUCGAGGUAAACACCUUUUAAAGAUUAGUCAUCAUAAAUGUUUACCGUAGUGGAAACCAGGAAGACAUGUAUGAGUGACAAUAAUGGAUGUAACGACAAAAGAGGAAAUCUGGUAUACAAAAGAUCAAAACGUGUGCAACACAGCUCCAAGUGUCGUUGAUUGUGAUAAAGAUGUCCCUGUUAUCAUCGCAAAGGAGAGUAACGAAGGCGACCCCUUGAUAUUUGUUGAUGAUUAUUACCACCCGGAUGAGACAAUAUGCCCUCACUGUAAAAACUGUGUCCAGCCUGUAGUCGACUAUAGAAUGGGGUUCUUACCAUUUCUUGUGAUGUGCUUCAUGAUAAUGACGUGCACCUUUGCCCUCCUGUCGUGGCUACCGCUGAUAGACAAGAGAGUUAAGACGGUCAUACACUACUGUCCCUCUUGUAACCGCGAGAUCUGGAGGCUCAUCCGGAUGUGAUUCUCGUGUGGCCUUAACUUAGACUGACCUUACAGGCAGACUGAAGGCCGGUAUAUCUUGAUGCAUGAAGAAUAAAAUGUGAUAUUUUUAAAGAAGCAAAGUCUAGCUUCUAGCUCAGAAAAAAAUCCCUUAUAUGUAAAUGUCCUGGAGAAUUUGGGAAAUAUCAUAAAAUAUUUAUCAAGCAUAUCGUUUAUCGCUUUAUUGAACUCAUAACGUUUAUCGCUUUAUUGGAGUGAUGUGUAAUAGCGAAUUAAGUGCUACAUGUAACAUGCUACAUAUGUGCACAUAAUUGCUAGGAUCAUUUUCAUUUGUAUAUUAUUUUUACCAAUUUUUCUAUUUCAAUCCUUAGAUAUUCUUUGUAUUAAGUUUCUUUAUAUAAAUUUUCUACCUGUAA